AUGGACAAGAGGAGUGUUCGAGCAGUUUUGUUGAUCAUCAGCACGUUCACAUACCUUCUACUCGGUGCUGCCGUUUUCGAGAAGCUCGAAUCGAAUGACGACAUGGAGAGACGUGAACAAAUUGGCAUUAUCGCCAAUAAGAUGCAACAAAAAUAUAAUUUCACUAAAAAAGACUAUGAGUUGUUGCGGACUGUAGUCAUAAAAUCAGUACCGCACAAGGCUGGAUACCAGUGGAAAUUUGCUGGCGCAUUCUAUUUUGCAACCGUUGUUAUCACCACAGUGGGCUAUGGUCAUUCAGCGCCUGACACAGCGGCUGGUAAACUGUUCUGUAUGAUGUUUGCGUUGGCUGGGAUUCCACUCGGCUUGGUGAUGUUCCAGAGUAUCGGUGAACGUGUGAACACCUUUAUCGCGUUCUGCCUCAGGAAGGUAUCAGGAUCGAUCAUGUGGCAAGAAGCGUCACUGAUGGCCAAAGACAUCAACAUCAUAGGUGAGGUCACCCCGAAGCAUCUCCUUAUGGUAUCGCUUUCAAUUGGAACAUUGGUUGUUCUUGUCGGCACCUAUGUUUUUCAUCGUGCUGAACGAUGGACCAUUCUCGAGGCUUACUACUACUGUUUCAUAUCCAGUGAGUUCACACUUCUGAGAACACAAUCAAUCGCGUUCUGUAAUUCCAUUCAUCUUUGA